AUGAAAUUCUCGGAGACCGUAGUUGCGAUGGUUUUAGGUAUUGCUCUUUCCUUCGACAUUGGCGGAAACAUGAGCUGCAAUGCCGCUGGACAGUAUGACUACUUUCAGUUUGUUCAGGAGUCUCCUUUUGUAUUUUGCAAAAAUAUUACUGGAAAGGGAUGCAACAUCCUACCUCUGCCACGGAUAUUUACCAUUCAUGGCUUGUGGCCAAGCAACUUCAAACAUCGUCAUAAACCUUGCGUUGGUGCACAAUUUAGUAGAGAUGUGAUGAAUGAAGCCUCCAAUGAUGAAUUGCGAGCUGAUCUGGAGUUGUCAUGGCGAAGCUUCAUCAGUGGGCGGUCAAAUAUGGACUUCUGGGAAUAUGAAUACAACACACACGGCAAGUGCUCCGACCACAAGUUUUCGCAGACGCAAUACUUCGACCGUGCCAGGAGUUUGUGGAAGCAAUACAAAGCUCAUACUCUAUUUUCUAAUCGCUCGGUUGAACCAGGCAAGUCAUAUAGUUUUACUGACCUUGAACAAGCCAUCCGAUAA